UUUCUUUGCCAGUGGUCUCCUUCCCUCCCUCUGUCUCUCUCCAUCCCUCCCCCUCUUCCUUUCUUCUUCCUGUAGCACAGAUCUGAAUCAGCUGCAACUUCACUUCAGACACUGUUCAUCCUCACCAUCCCGGAGCCAGCAGGGAACUCUUGGAGAUCUUUUCCUCACACCCAAACCCCGGGACACAGCAUUUAGAUCCGCGCAUAGAUCACAGAUUCCUCUAUUUUACAUUUUUACUUCUCUCACCCGCAACUACAACUCCAUUUUUCCCUGAUAAACCCUUUCUGUUCAGCAACAAACUUCAACUAGCCUAAUUCUUACAGUUGUUUUUCUUUCAUAUUUAUUUUGUGCUUAGAGCCCUUAAAACUGUGUAUUUCUGCUAGAUCUACAUAAAACAAACUCUAGUUGUUUCACCUCACACAACCCUCACUUUCCUUUCUUAUUUACAUUACUUGCAUCUACUUCGCCCAACUGGGGUGGUCACUGCCUGGGAAUGAGUGGACAGGAAGAUGACAAAUCGUGUGGCUUUUCUUUGGAUACAGAAUUUCUUCGAUCUCUUAAAGGACGAAUUCUUAUUGCUGAGCUGAUCCUCUGCUUUGUGGUCUUCAUCUGCUUUGCUGUCUACUCCUCAUCUUAUCUGGCAGCCCCACUGCUUGAGUUCAUCAUUACAAUUGUCUUCUUCAUCAUUGUCUCCAGCCGAUACCACCUUCGCUUGACAGCUCUCAACUGGCCUUGCAUGGACUUCCUGCGCUGUGUGUCAGCUGCUUUAGUUAUUCUGGUUGUUUCUGUGGUGGCUGCAGCUCGUGGAGCAGGAGACGGUGCAGCAAUUACAGCAGCACUUUUUGGAUUUUUGUUGGUUUGUGUAUUCUGCUAUGACGCUUUCACUAUUUACAAGUCAGAAACUACAGCAAGCACAGCAGAGACAAGAGAUGAUGAGUAGGUCCUAACAAUGAACUGAAUGGACAUGGAAAUGACCAGUUAUCAUAACGUAGCUGAUAAGAAAGUUGUCACGGGUAUUCGACAUGAUAUUACCUUCAGGAAUCCUGAAAUGUCUGUGCCUUGUUUCAUCCAAAAUUCAGGUGAACCUAAGGGUUUUGGCCUUAUUGAUCAUAAGCAUUAAAAUCAGAAGAGGAUUCUCAAGUA